UUCUGCACCCUCCAUGAUGGCGCCUCCCGGGGCGAACCUGCCACCUCCUUCCUCCUGCCCGGGCGCGAUCCGGGGUCCCCGGGAGUCUUUGUUGGGAAGCUUUCGACUCCCCCCUUGCACCCCAGGUGUGGAUCUGGCUCCCCUUCCUCAGCACGGGGAAUGGCAGGCCUGACUCCCAGGGAGCCCAGAUGACACCACCGCCGAGCAGCCCGCUCCAGUAGCCAGAGACGCCCCACCCCGGCAGCCCACGUGCACUUGAGACCCUCCCUGGUCCUGUCCCCUCCCCACGUGCACUUGAGACCCUCCCUGGUCCUGUCCCCUCCUCCGGGAGCCUGGAACCUGUGCCGUCGUCGCCGCCGCCAUGAACGUGACCAGCUUGUUUUCCUUCACCAGCCCCGCCGUGAAGCGGCUCCUGGGGUGGAAGCAGGGCGACGAGGAGGAAAAGUGGGCCGAGAAGGCGGUGGACGCCCUGGUGAAGAAGCUGAAGAAGAAGAAGGGUGCCAUGGAGGAGCUGGAGAAGGCCCUGAGCUGCCCGGGGCAGCCCAGCAACUGCGUGACCAUCCCGCGCUCGCUGGACGGCCGGCUGCAGGUGUCUCACCGCAAGGGGCUGCCCCAUGUCAUCUACUGCCGCGUGUGGCGCUGGCCCGACCUGCAGAGCCACCAUGAGCUCAAGCCACUGGAGUGCUGUGAGUUCCCCUUCGGCUCCAAGCAGAAGGAGGUGUGCAUCAACCCGUACCACUACAAGCGGGUGGAGAGCCCCGUUCUCCCUCCCGUGCUGGUGCCCAGACACAGUGAAUACAACCCUCAGCACAGCCUCCUGGCCCAGUUCCGCAACUUAGGACAGAACGAGCCUCACAUGCCACUCAACGCUACUUUCCCGGAUUCUUUCCAGCAGCCACCCAGCCACCCGUUCCCGCAUUCCCCCAACAGCAGCUACCCCAACUCCCCGGGGAGCAGCAGCACCUACCCACACUCGCCCACCAGCUCCGACCCGGGGAGUCCUUUUCAGAUGCCAGCCGACACGCCCCCACCAGCUUACCUGCCUCCUGAAGACCCCAUGACCCAGGAUGGCUCGCAGCCAAUGGACACCAACAUGAUGGCGCCCUCCCUGCCCUCAGAAAUCAACCGAGGAGACGUCCAGGCAGUGGCCUACGAGGAACCAAAACACUGGUGCUCGAUUGUCUACUACGAGCUCAACAACCGCGUGGGAGAAGCCUUCCACGCCUCCGCCACCAGCUUGUUGGUGGAUGGUUUCACCGACCCGUCCAACAACAAGAACCGUUUCUGCCUCGGGCUGCUAUCCAACGUUAACCGGAACUCCACCAUUGAAAAUACCAGGCGGCACAUCGGAAAAGGCGUCCACCUUUAUUAUGUCGGAGGGGAGGUCUACGCAGAGUGCCUGAGUGACAGCAGCAUCUUCGUGCAGAGUCGAAACUGCAACUACCACCACGGCUUCCACCCCACCACCGUGUGCAAGAUCCCCAGCGGGUGCAGCCUGAAAAUUUUUAACAACCAAGAAUUCGCUCAGUUGUUGGCCCAGUCAGUGAACCACGGCUUCGAGACCGUCUACGAGCUCACCAAGAUGUGUACCAUCCGCAUGAGCUUUGUGAAGGGCUGGGGAGCAGAAUACCACCGCCAGGAUGUCACUAGCACCCCCUGCUGGAUCGAGAUCCACCUGCACGGCCCCCUCCAGUGGCUGGAUAAAGUCCUCACACAGAUGGGCUCGCCCCAUAAUCCUAUCUCGUCUGUGUCUUAAACUGGCCUUAGGCUUCUGCCUCCUGAAAACUAUUGAGCCUGGCAUGUACUUGAAGGAUGGAUGAGUCGUAUACGAUCAAGAACUGACAAAGGAGCCUCGAUAAUACUUGACCUCUGUGACCAACUGUUGGAUUCAGAAACUUAAGAACCUUGGUGAUAUACCUUUGAUAUCAAGAACCUGUCUCGUUUACAUUCUAACGUGCUAUUGUGAGAUCACCAGGAAUGCAUACCUUGAGCAGGACUUUGUGGACCGGGAAGGAGGGAGAGAGAUGGCCAAGCCAGGGACAAAACACCUAUGGAAAAACCAGUUCCUAUGACAUUCGCUUGUGUUUGGCACUUUAAGGUCAUCGUUGGGCAGAAGCUGAGCAUUAAUCGUCUUUCCGAAGUGUGUGUGUGUGUUGUUGUUGUUUUGUUGUUGUUUGUUUGUUUUUUAAAUCAGGUUGAGAACCCUUGUUGAGUCUCCUUUUCAAGGGCUUUCCUAUUUUAAAAUGAUUUUGUUUAGUGAUGAUUAUUUUUGUUUCUUUGUUUUUGAAGUAAAAGGGUAAUCUUGAUGCUAUCCAUAGUAAUCUCUCUAAAAUUGUAUGCUGACCAUACUGCUGUCAGAAUAAUGCUAGGCACAUGCUCUUUGCGAAAUAUAUCUGUACAUACAGAUUAUUUGGAAGCUAAGAAUUGAUUAGGCUAGUGGGCUUAGGAGUAUCUGGGGGUGGGGGGGUUGGGACUGACAACUGCAAAUGUAGAGAAUAUUGUACAAAUUCAGUUUGUCACUUUAAAGAAGCAAACUUGUGUCUGGAUUUUGCUGUGUUUUCCUUAUUUUUGAGAGAUUUUUUUGAUCCUACGUUUUCUUGCCUUUUUUCUCUUGUUCGUUCUUUUUGACACUGUCCAUCUUAUCUGCUCCAGAAAGCAGCUAUGUAGCUGUGUGAUGCAGAGAACUGUGAGAACACAUGAAUAACUCCUGCUGUGCCGAGGUUGGCUGCCUCCGUGUGAUUCAACACACACCGCAAGGAGUGCUUGAACUUAAGUCGUCGUUUUUAUGGAGUUUCCAGUACAGGAAUGGGCUUUACUUUUUCAGCCGAAUACUUUUGCCAAACCUAGUAGCUCUGUUCAAUAUUUGGAGGAUUUAAAGAACAUCUCUGUUUAAAUCUACUUUAGGAUGUUUUAAAUUGUUUUGUACUGUGUUUGGUUUUAUUUUUCUUCUGCUAAUCUUUUAUAUUCACUUACGGUCUUGUACAAUGAGUACUUUUAUUCCAAAACUAGUGGGUUUUCUCUACUGGAAAUUUUAAAUAAACCUGUCAUUAUUGCUUA